AUCCAGAGUCUAGCUAGACUCAUUCCAUUGGUCUUCGGUUAAACUAGGGUUCUCUUCAACCCUCAUAUGUUCUUUAGCGGAUUUCUAAGAGAGAGGAAGAUAGAGUGAGAGUGAGAGUGAGUGUGAGAGGUGGAGAGAAACGAAUGAGAGAAACGAGCCUUGAUUUGUUCGAUCCAAGGUCAUUAAUGGAAUCCGAAUACUCGCCUACAUGCUGCAGAGACGGGGAUUUCGGUUUCGCCUUCAAUGACAGUAAUUUUUCCGACCGGGUUCUCCAGAUCGAGGUCGCGGUUGAUCCGGCAGAGAUUAGGUCCGAUGUUGAUGGUUUUCACAGCCUAGCCGAUUGGGCCAGGCACCGUAAAAGGAGGAGGGAAGAUUUGAAGAAAGACUCUGAUGUGGACAAUGCUGGAUGCCCCCAGGAGAUUUUGAAUUCCACACAACCUGAUAUAGAUGAAGUGGUUAAAUGUGAAAACGAGGAUGAUGAAACUGUUGCAAUGGCUGAAGAAUUAGCAUCAGGAGAUGAAGCUUCAAAUAGCAACGAUUCAAAUGGUAGCAGGGAUUGUUCCACAGUUGUUAGAGUUCAAUCAUUAUACAUCAGUUCUCCAAUUUUAGCUGCAAAAAGUCCAUUCUUUUAUAAGCUCUUCUCCAAUGGGAUGAAAGAAUCAGAGCAGCGAAGCGUAUCCAUAAGGAUCCAUACCUCAGAAGAAGCUGCCCUUAUGGAACUCCUUAAUUUCAUGUACAGUAAUACCUUAACAACGACCGCUGCUCCUGCUUUGCUCGAUGUGUUGAUGGCAGCAGACAAGUUUGAAGUUGCUUCUUGCAUGAGGUAUUGCAGCAAGUUAUUGCGGAAUUUGCCUAUGACUUCGGAGUCUGCUCUUCUUUAUCUUGAUCUUCCCUCCAGUGUCCUAAUGGCUGAUGCUGUCCAGCCUUUGACAGAUGCAGCCAAACAGUUCCUUGCUGCCCGUUACAAAGAUGUGACCAAGUACCAAGACGAGGUAAUGAACUUACCUCUAUCCGGACUAGAAGCAAUUCUCUCUAGCGAUGACCUUCAAGUGGCGUCUGAAGACACAGUCUACGACUUCGUACUAAAAUGGGCCCGAGCCCAAUACCCAAAACUAGAAGACCGUAGAGAAGUCCUUGGCUCUACUCUUGCCCGUUGCAUCCGUUUCCCAUUCAUGACCUGCCGAAAACUGAAAAAGGUCUUAACAUGUAACGACUUUGACCACGAACUAGCUUCAAAAGUCGUUCUCGAAUCCCUCUUUUUCAAGGCAGAAGCGCCUCACCGUCAGAAAACACUGGCGGAAGAAAAAUCCCUUGCCUCCUCAACCAGCCGCAGGUUUGUGGAGCGCACCUACAAGUACAGGCCGGUUAAGUUGGUGGAAUUCGAACUGCCUCAUCAGCAAUGCAUAGUCUAUCUCGAUCUGAAACGGGAAGAAUGUGCCAAUCUUUUCCCUUCUGGUCGGUUAUAUUCGCAGGCUUUUCAUUUAGGCGGGCAAGGGUUCUUCCUCUCUGCUCAUUGUAACAUGGACCAACAAAGCUCGUUUCAUUGCUUUGGGCUGUUUUUGGGGAUGCAGGAGAAAGGGUCUGUUUCUUUUGCAGUUGAUUAUGAAUUUGCGGCGAGGUCUAAGCCAACGGAGGAGUAUAUGAGCAAGUAUAAAGGGAAUUAUACUUUUACUGGGGGAAAAGCUGUUGGGUAUAGGAACUUGUUUGCGCUGCAUUGGACGUCGUUUAUGGCUGACGAUAGUCUUUACUUUAUCAAUGGUGUUCUUCAUUUGAGAGCUGAGCUUACUAUAAAGCACUGACAUAGUUUAUUUUAAGUGGUUGAAAAUGAUGAAGAAAUGGGGAAACAACUAGUUUGACCUAUUUCCAUUUAAGUGUAAGGAUUACUUACAAAUGGAUGUCUGCUUCAAUUUCAAGACAGGACAUGGUAUAAUUUUGUGAUGUAAAUGAAUGUGCUUCAUUUCCUUUUAUCAUCCCUUGGAAUCUGUGUACCUUGCUUAGGCUCAUGAUGAUAAUACAAAGAUAAGGAAUUCCAGGAUUAAUUUAAUAUGCUUGUUUUUGCAAA